GAAAACAAAACAAAACAAAAAGCCAUCAGGAAAGGAAGAACAUUAAAUAAGAAAGACUUUAAUUUUGGUGAAAAAUGUUUACAUUUCUUAAAGCAAAAUUGCUUCACCGGAACAUAUAUUUCCCACAAGCUUUCCCCAAAGCUGUGAGAUGCGGUCAAGGGAACAGUGGUUCACAUUCUGCAAAGGUUGUGUUAAUUUUCUUCCGUCAAGUUUUCGAAUGAACGGGAAACUCUUCACUGUGUGAAUUUAACUGUACACAUACUUUCUCAAUCCUGUCUUAAUCUCUAAGCCCCAUUCUCCUCCUACCCUGAUCUACCCAGGGGCUGGUGAAAAAAAAUUCCCAUUGAUACACUCUCUGAUGCAGGCUACAAUUCUGAUUCUUUCUCUGGGAAGAAAAAUAAAGAUAUGCAUAUGCAUGUGCAGUGGGUGUUUUCCAGUAUGUGCACACACCCUGCCAAAAAGGAAGGCGAAGCAUACUUUCAGUUUCAGCCCACACAAGAAGGGCAGGGGAGAAGAGCCAUGGCUGACAAGGUCCUGAAGGAGAAGAGAAAGCUGUUUAUCCAUUCCAUGGGUGAAGGUACAAUAAAUGGUUUACUGGAUGAAUUAUUACAGACAAGGGUGCUGAACCAGGAAGAGAUGGAGAAAAUAAAACGUGAAAAUCCUACAGUUAUGGAUAAGACCCGAGCUGUGAUUGACUCUGUUAUUCGCAAAGGGGCACAGGCAUCCCAAAUUUUCAUUACAUACAUUUGUGAAGAAGACAGGUAUCUGGCAGGGACACUGGGACUUUCAGCAGGUCCGAUACCUGGAAAUUAGCUUAGUACACAAGACUCCCAAGGAGUACUUUCUUUCUUCCCAGCUCCUCAGGCAGUGCAGGACAACCCAGCUAUGUCCACAUCCUCAAGCCCAGAAGGCAGCAUCAAGCUUUGCUUUCUAGAAGAACCUCAAAGGAUAUGGAAACAAAAGUCACAGAGGUGCCAUGUUCAGAAUACAAUAAUAAAGUAGAGUGAAAGAUAUACUUCAGGCAGUUCUGAAAUUCAGUGGCUUUUUCUUAGAAGCAAUUUUAUUGAGUGGUUCUGGAGAAUCAUACUUCUGCUCCCCUUGCAUAAAGGAUUUCUAUAUCCUAGAAUCCCAGGUUUAUGUAAAGAGUUGCAAAGUGGAACUCAUAAAUUAUCGUAGUCUUCACCCUGUCUGUCUCUUGGAAUUUAUUUCCCACUGACACAAAUGUCAUUUAUUUCCCAAUGACACAAACAAGCCAUUUUGUCUGCUUGUAUAAUCCAGAUUUUCCAGUGUAGUGCCCAGUUGGAAAGAAGCACAUCACACUGAACAAGUAUUGAAGUGGACUCUGGCUUCUCACCCAAUUCUCCAACUUGUGCUUACCAAGAAUUGGAGUCAGUUUUUUCUCUUUGUUCCUAUUCAUAAAAUGAAAUUACUGUUUAUUUAACAUAUUAAAAUGAAGCAUAAAAAAAUUUAGAAGCACUUUACCAAAAAGUGCAUUUUAACGUCACCUUGCUUCUGGGCUAUAGGUUAUGACUACUAUACAUGAGCGGUAUAAUGGCAUGCUCUCUACACCUGGCAUUGCAUCUUAGAAGGUAAGAAUGAUUAUGAGGCCCCUUCUAUAUACGAGAACACAGAGGAUGGGAGAUGUUAAAUAACUUGUCUAAGAUCUACACCUCACAAAUAGAAGUUGACCCUAGGGCUAUUAGAUGCCAAAGUCCACACUGAAAAGCUGGGCAGAAAGAGGAGGUUUUUAGACAAAGAAAAAAUAGAAUAACAUGUAAUAGUUGAUUAGUGCUGUAAGUUAUAUUACACAAAAUGUGCUGAUAGUCCAAAAACAUAACUAAGAAGAGUUGGAUAAACUGAAAGGGUCCAUGAACUUCUAAGGCUUGGAAAUGGAAUGGCCAAAACCCAAGCACAGGGAUUUUCUGUCUUCUAUGUCAGAGAUUUGUAUAGUACCUACUCUGUCAUUUAAAAUGAUAUUGUUGCACAGACUUCACACUAAGAUUUUAUAACAUUAUGCACAUUUAAAAUACUACUUCUAAUAAAAUUGCUACAUUCA